AUGUCGACCUCUCAGACUCUUCUUCGAUUUCAUUUGCCACUAUUUGCUGUGGUGAUUCUCCUUGUCGUCCUCCUUAUGACUGCAUCAUCAACAUUGGGUAAUGUGAGAACCAUGGGUGGUGCUGAUCGACCAAAUGAUUUCCGAGAUCAAAAGGAUAUUGCUAGAAUUGAAACAUGUGUCGGAUCAUGUUUGAGUAGAUAUUCUGGUCCAAAGGAAUUUAUUUCCAAAAAUUCAAUGAAAAUGGCUGGAUUGCAAGUACUCUUUAUUGGUGAAUAUCCAAAAUUGUACAUUUAUGGAGGAGAUCAAGAAACAAAACAAGAAAUUGACAUUCGAGAAAAAUCAGCUGAAGAAAUUGAAAAGAUUCUUUUAUCUGCUGGAUGUCAAUAUAGACAAUAA